AUGUCCUCUCCACAUGAUAGCGAGCGUGUCCAGAGCGCGAAAGUUGUGGGGGAUUUGAGCUGCUACGAGAUCCAGACGUUGGGUCAAAGCAUUGUGACUACACUCGAUGACAUUGAAGCGCUGUGCAACGAGCUCGAAGAAUUCAGCAACGUGAACCGCCCCGUGUGUGCUCGUCUGAAAGACGUAUACGAGCAACUCGACGCCUCACAAGCACCGUUGCCUGUCGCUCUGGUUGAGAACUUUGCGCUGAUUGUGCUUCACUUCUACGAUAUGCUGGACCAGCGAACUCUCGGUAUUAUAAGUUCCGUCUCCACUCUUCUCGCGUCCAAGACGCUCGCUGGCAAGAUGUACGGACUUCACCAGGACAUCGACCAUCUACUACGAAGUGCUCCUUGCCUUGACGGACACGCAAAAGUCCAUCGCUGGCGGCCGCAGCUUCAAGAGACCCGCACACGUCAAGAUCAAGAGCUACGAGCGUCGACUACCGAACCAUUGAGCGCCACAACUGACAUCAAAAGCCAGGACGAGCGCGCUCAAGCUCUGGCAAUCUUGCAGUUCGAAGCUUUGAAGCUUCAUGGAGAAACUCCAAAGACCAUCGUUGAAUUACCUCGCUGGUUUAUCCCCCCUCACCAGCUUAAACUCGGUAACCACAUCGCUAGUGGUGCAUUUGGGGCUGUCUACGAGGCUACCUGGCUCGGUACUGAGGUCGUGGUCAAACAAGUCUUCACGGACCAAAGCGACACUAAAAGCCGAGCGCAAUUCCGGCGCGAACUUGAUCUGUGGUUCGGGCUGAAUCACGCCAACUUGAUCAAGUUGUACGGGGCAUGUCACGAAGGAAGGCCGUUCUUCGUCUGCGAACGAGCGGCUUAUGGAACGCUGGCUUCGUUUGUGAAGGGGAAGCACCGAAAAGAGAUUUGGUUUUGUCUCUGGGAUGCAGCGAAAGGUCUCCAGCAUCUUCACGACCACGGAAUUGUUCACGGAGACCUCAAGGGCAACAACAUCCUGGUUUGCGACGAAUAUCGCGUGAAAUUGGCCGAUUUUGGAUUAAGUUCAAACUCGAACCGUUAUGUAUUGGGCUACGAUGAAGGGGGAAAUUUGGGGGCGAUUCGUUGGAAGGCGCCGGAGUGUUUAGCUGGCAGUCGACCCACGGCUUCGUCCGACAUGUAUUCGUUUGGCAUGUGCAUCAUAGAGGCCAUGACGGGCCAGUUCCCGUGGGGGACGAUUCCCGACAAUGUCGUCAAACGAAAUGUGCUGGACAAGAAGACCAUCCCGCCACGGCCUCGAAUCUUUUCCGAGUCAGAGUGGGAGAUGGUGGAGCGCAUGUGCCAUAGCGACCCCCAGCGCAGGAUUACCAUUGGCGCUGUCGUUAGUAUGAUCUACAACUUCUCCCUUUAA